AUGGCCAGAACCACGCAGAUCAAGCGGGAACACGAAGCAGACGCGAGGCAGCGUGGCGCCCCGGCUGCCAAUGGCUCCACAAACGGUACCGUGAGCUCGCCCGUCGAUCCCAGCGAGAAGACAGAUUACACGCGGUGGAGACUGCUGGACCAGGACGGUCGCCAGACGUGGCACUACCUGGAGUCGGACGACGAGCUUGCGAAUUGGCCGCAGACCACUGCGGAUAAGUAUUUCCUGGGUCUGGACACUGACCUCCCCGAGCUCUCUCCUGCAAAGACGCCCGUGCAGGCCGUCAACAACGGCCUGGCCUUCUUCUCGCAGCUCCAGCUGCCCUCCGGCCAGUGGGCAUGCGAAUAUGGCGGCCCGAUGUUCUUGUUGCCCGGUCUGGUGAUAACAUGGUACGUCACCAACACCCCGAUCCCGGACGCCUACAAGACGGAGAUCAAGAACUACCUCUUUUCGCGACAACAUACUGAGGACGGUGGCUGGGGACUGCAUAUUGAGGGCCAGAGCUCCGUGUUCGGCACGGCAUGCAAUUACACUGUGUUGCGGCUGCUUGGUGCCGACGCGGAGGACCCCCGGGUGGUCAAGGCUAGAGCGUGCUUGCACAGGAUGGGCGGUGCCGUUAAUGGCCCACACUGGUCCAAAUUCUGGCUCAGUGUUCUAGGUGUCACAUCUUGGGAUAUUGUCAACCCCGUGCCGCCCGAGCUGUGGUUACUUCCCGACUGGGUCCCAAUCGCACCUUGGCGUUGGUGGAUUCAUAUGCGAAUGGUGUACUUGCCUAUGGGGUACAUUUGGUCCAAGAAGUGGUCUUAUCAGCCCGAUGAGUUGGUGCUUGCGCUGCGUCAGGAGCUAUUCACCCAGCCUUGGGAAAGCAUAAACUGGGCUUCACACAGGAAUAGCAUCUCGGUGCAUGACAAUUACCACCCAAAGAGCUGGAUUCUGAAUACAAUCAAUUGGGGCUUGGUCAACAUUUACAACCCAUAUUUAAGGGCAAAUGCCUUGGCCAAGCGCGCCGAAGAUUGGGUGUGGAGGCUGGUGGAGUACGAAGAUCACAACACUGGCUACAACGACCUUGCUCCCGUCAAUGCUCCUAUGAACCUGCUCUGCUGCUACAUCCAGGAGGGACCAGACAGCUACUCGGUGCGAAGGCAUCGUGAGAAUCUUCUCAUUUUCUUCUGGGUGAAGAACGAGGGUAUGCUCGCGAACGGUACUGAUGGUGUGCAAAUCUGGGACACGUCUUUCCUCAUCCAGGCAGCAUACGAGGCAGGAGUUUGUGAGGACCCUCGCUGGAGACCAGUGCUCACCAAGGCUCUAGGUUUUCUUGACAGGCAGCAGAUCCGCGAGGAUAUCCAUGAGGCAGACAAAUGCUACAGACACAAGCGCAAGGGCGCUUGGGCUUUCAGCACGAAGGACCAGGGCUACCCCGUGUCUGACUGCACCGCCGAGGGCUUGAAGGCCGUGUUGCAGCUACAGAGCAUCCCCGACUACCCUCAGCUAGUGUCGGACGAGCGGCUCAAGGACUCGGUGGACCUGCUUCUCACGAUGCAGAACCCGUCGGGCGGCUGCUCGUCCUACGAGCCGACGCGCGGGUCGGAGCUGAUGGAGUACCUCAACGCCGCCGAGGUCUUCGACCGCAUCAUGGUCGAGUACGACUACCCGGAGUGCACGACGGCGGUCGUCACGGCGCUGUGCGCGGCGCGCGCGCGCUGGCCCGCCUACCGCACCAAGGAGAUCGACGCCUUCGUCGAGCGCGCGCUGGCGUACAUCCGGCGCGCGCAGCGGCCCGACGGCAGCUGGUACGGCAGCUGGGGCAUCUGCUUCUCGUACGCGGCCAUGUUCGCGCUCGAGUCGCUCGGCUGCGUGGGCGAGAGGCACGCCAACUCGGAGCGCGUCCGGCGCGCGUGCCGCUUCUUCGUCGACCGCCAGAUGCCCGACGGCGGCUGGGGCGAGAGCUACAGGAGCUCCGAGGAGAUGGUCUGGGUCAACCACGAGCGCAGCCAGGUCGUGCAGACGGCGUGGGUCGCCAUCGCGCUCAUGGAGGCCGAGUUCCCCGACAAGGACGUCAUCACGCGCGCUGUCAGGCUCAUCAUGCAGCGGCAGCAGGCUAAUGGCGAGUGGCUACAGGAGGCCAUUGAGGGCGUGUUCAACAACAGCUGCAUGAUUUCUUACCCCAAUUACAAGUUUACCUUUACGAUGAAGGCGUUGGGCAUGUACGCGAAGAAAUACGGCGAUGAGGCUUUGUUGUAG